CUGUAGGUUCUCACUGUUCACACGACAUGAGCUCCUAAAACUAACGACAAAUAAUUAUUAAAAAUGAUUUUCAACUCAUGGGUUUUCAUUGUGAUAUUCAUCAGGGUGAAGGUGAGUUGUGACUGGCAUGAGGUGAAGACUGUGAUGGAGGGAGAAGAUCUCAAUCUACCUAUAAGAAACACUGAACCUAAGAGUCUUGAUGAAGUGAUGUGGCAGUUUGAAAGUAUCAAUCAAACCUUCCGUAUAGCACAGAUGUAUCAAGGAUUUCAACCCUUUUAUGAUGAGAGAUUAACAGGACGAGUGAAGAUGGAUGAACUGACUGGAUCUUUGACCAUCUAUAAUAUCAGUACCAAUGAAUCUGGACUUUACACAGCAAAACUCACCAUUAAGGGAUUAAUCUCAAGGAGAAAGAUCAAAGUGGAUGUUUAUGCACAAGUUUCUACACCUGCGAUUAGCAACUCAUUUACUAUUUCAAACCAAUCUCAAGAUACAUCACAGAAGAUUCAGGAGUUUUGCUCGGUUCUCUGCUCUGUAAAAAACGACAAUGACGUCUCCAUCUUGUGGUAUAAAGGAGGUGAAAUGGUGAACCAGACCAGCAGUUCUGAUCUUAGAUUUAAUCUCAGUUUAUCUUUAAAGCUUCAUUAUAAUGAUACAGAAACAUACAGAUGCACGGCCACAAAUCCAGUGAGCAUUAAGAGCAUCAAUCUUCAAAUUAAAGACCUCUGUCCACAUUUUGAAGAAGAAUCUCUGUCUACACAUACAGACUGUCAGGAGUAUUGUGGAGAUGUUGAGGUUCUGAUCCGGCUUGUUCUGUCAGGACUGGUGGGAAUCACUACUGUUGUCUUUCUGGUUGAUCAUAUGAGAUCAGUUCAUUAUUAUAAAAUGUAAUUCCUUUCAUCUUUUGUGUACUUGACUAAUAAAUGUCACUGAUUCAUAAACUGCAGCAUUGUCCAUUAUACACUCUAUGUUGUUCACAAAUAAGGUUUUGGCGGUAUACCAUGAUAUUAACAUAAGGUUAAACUUCCGUAAACAUAUCCACGGUUUUGGAAACAAAAAAAAAUAUAAUAAAGGAGAUCUCACCUGCGCUGCUGGUUUUCCAUGUGAUGCUACACUGUAAAAAAUUAGCUGUAAUUAUGCAGCUGGUUGCCAGUAACUUCCUGUAGAAGAUAAAGACUGAAAAUAUU